GAAUGUGUUUGGAAAGAGAAAAGAAAAAUACAAUUCACAAUUAUUUAUCUGACCCAUGAAGUUAUAAUAAUAUUUUAGUUAUUUGCUACUAUCUACUUUUAUGUUUUUUAAUACCAUUUACUUUAAAUAUUGUAAUAUAUUUGUCGGUACUUUAGCCAUUGGGUUUCACCUUUAGGGCAUUCAGCCACAUAAAUAGGUACAAUUGUUUAUACAACUAACGAGACAUGGCAACUACGGAAAAGUUGAUGUUGAAUAAAAUAGCUGUAAAAAUGAAACGAUUUAAUAUGAGCGAAAUUCAACAGCUGUUAAAAAUUUUGCAUUUGAAUCUGGAAUGGAAAAAUGUGGUUGAACUUGUGGAGAAAUGUCGUAUGCGUUUAAACGUAACAAAUGUAGUAAAUGUGAUCUUUCAAUACCUCAAGGACAAAGAAUCCAUCAUGGAGGUUUACCAUCGUGUAUUACUGGUCGAUGUGAUUUAUCAUCAGAGUGGUUCUUGGUGGACUGUUACAAUCGACAAAGUAAAACAGAAUUUAUUGGACAAGGAAAGAAUCCGAAACAAUAUUCAAGCAAUGUUGGACAAGUUGAAUAUCAAUGCCAUUACUUACGUUAUGAAAUUCAAUCAAUUUUUUUGGGUGUUAGUAGACAAAACCGAAAUUAACAAGAAAACAAAAUUGAAACUUAACGUGCCGAGUUUUUUUACAAUACCUGCUAGCAAUGUUUCUCACAUUUUUCACAAACCUCGUAACAUAGACGGCACUCUGUUGAAAAUUGUCAUUAAAUCCGUUGGAGGGUCUCGGAGUAAGCCAUAUCCAUUAUCGGGAAAGAAUUUGCUGUCUAUGGUUAGUUUGUUGGAAGACAAAAACAAAGAAAACGAAGAAAAUGACGUUCAUAGAACAGCUCUGACGAACAAUUAUCGCGAUGAAGAUGUUAGAGAGUACAUUGGUCAAUUGUUUGGAACCAAAAAGCGUGUGUUGAAUAGCUUUACGAUUAACGUGGAGAGUGACCUAUCGAUGUUCGGAAACGGUAAUUUACCUGGAAAAAUGUGUAAAACUCGAAUAGAACUGAAAGCCGACAAUGUUAUAGAGGGUGUCAAAGAUAUGAUGUUAUCGGGUGUGUUGCAGCCGCCUUAUCCCGAUUGGGUGACUAAGCUGCCAGUGUUGGGCAAGAACUGUGUAAACAUUAACAUGCGCCCUCAAUAACGCAUGUUUUCUUAGUUGUAUAUAAAAUAUAAUUUUUUCAUCUCUUUGCUCUUAAGUUUUCUGAUGUACUAUAAUAUUUGUAAUUGUAUGAAAACAAUUUUUGUUCAGUGUUUUAAGUAAUUGUUUUUUUUUUCUAAUGCUCAGUAUUUGUUUUUGUUAUGUAUGUUUAUAUAUUUUAUGAGUAUAUUUUUUGUAUAUUUUUUUAUCAAAUUAUAUUAUUAUAUUAUUUUAAUGUAAACUUGGCUUUUAUUAACCAAACUAACUUUGUAACGUUAUUAUAAAACAAAUAUGAAUCUGGAUUGUAAUAUAUAUUAUUUUUAAUUGUAUAACUCGACA